CCAAAGCCCAGCCCAGGCCAACCCGGCCGUUCCCUGAAGGCUGAAGUUGAUUCUCAGUGAUCUUUCUUCCUCGUCUGACUGCAGUUCAGUGCAGGGAUAGACGGUAAAGAGGAGAUGGAGAAAGGGAAGAAGACUAAGAGUACGGGUUCAUCCAUCUCUCUGGAGCAGUUCGUCUCCACCAUGGCCCCUCUUAUCGAUCUAGAAAAGGAGGCUGAGAUAUCAACUUCCAUGGCAACGGGGGCAACUAGGACUCUGGAUUCUGCUCAGAGGAGGGGCUCCACCAUUCUUAAUUUGAAGUGUGUUGAUGCUCAGACUGGAUUAAUGGGAAAAACCCUUCUUGAGUUUCAAUCUAAUAAAGGCGAUGUUCUUCCUGCUCACAAGUUUGGGAUUCAUGAUGUUGUUGUCUUAAAACCAAACAAAGCUGAUCUAGGAUCCUCACCCCUUGGUCAAGGUGUUGUUUACCGUCUGAAGGACACAUCAUUUACUGUGGCUUUUGAUGAUAUUCCAGAGGAGGGCCUAGAUAGUCCUCUACGCCUUGAGAAAGUGGCCAAUGAGGUGACCUACCGCAGGAUGAAAGAUACAUUAAUACAACUGAGUAAAGGCGUGUUGAAGGGACCUGCUGCUGAUUUAGUUCCUGUGUUAUUUGGGGAGCGACCACCAACAAAGUCGAAGAAGAAUGUUACUUUUACCCCAUAUAACUCCAACCUGGAUCACUCUCAGAGAGAUGCUAUUUCAAAGGCUCUGUCAUCCAAGGAUGUAUUUUUGCUGCAUGGCCCUCCUGGAACUGGAAAGACCACCACCGUGGUGGAAAUAAUCUUGCAAGAAGUGAAAUCAGGAUCAAAGAUUCUUGCUUGUGCUGCUUCAAAUAUCGCUGUUGACAAUGUUGUUGAGCGACUUGUUUGUCAUAGGGUGAAGCUGGUGAGAUUGGGGCAUCCUGCCCGUUUGCUACCUCAAGUCUUGGACAGUGCUCUUGAUGCACAGGUUCUACGUGGAGAUAAUAGUGCUCUUGCAAAUGAUAUCCGGAAGGAAAUGAAGGCUUUGAACGGGAAGCUUUUGAAGACAAAAGACAGAAGUACAAAGAGGGACAUAAGGAAGGAGCUCAAGACUCUUUCCAAAGAAGAGCGUAAAAGGCAGCAGCUAGCUGUGGCAGAUGUAAUCAAAAGUGCUGAUGUGGUAUUGACAACAUUGACUGGUGCUUUGUCUCGAAUGUUGGAGGGUACUUCAUUUGAUUUGGUAAUUAUUGAUGAAGCUGCUCAGGCGCUUGAAAUAGCAUGCUGGAUAGCUCUAUUAAAGGGGUCGAGAUGUAUACUUUCUGGAGACCAUCUUCAGCUUCCUCCAACUGUUCAAAGCAUUGAGGCUGAGAAAAAGGGGUUAGGGAAAACCAUGUUUGAACGCCUUGCUGACUUGUAUGGUGAUGAAAUCACGUCUAUGCUCACUGUCCAGUAUCGCAUGCAUGAGCUCAUUAUGGAUUGGUCAUCUAAAGAACUUUACAACAAUAAGAUUGAAGCUCAUGCGAGUGUUGCUGCGCACAAGCUGUAUGACCUUGAGGGUGUAAAGAAGACGUCUUCAACGGAGCCAACACUAAUACUCAUAGACAUUGCUGGAUGUGACAUGGAAGAAAAGAAAGAUGAAGAAGACAGCACAAUGAAUGAGGGUGAAGCUGAGGUUGCUAUUGCCCAUGCAAAGAGACUUGUUCAGAGCGGAGUUCAAGCUUCUGAUAUUGGACUUAUCACCCCGUAUGCAGCACAGGUUGUCUUGCUGAAGAUGAUGAAAAAUAAGGAAGACAAACUAAAAGAUUUGGAGAUAUCAACAGUGGAUGGCUUCCAAGGUCGAGAAAAGGAAGCUAUUAUUAUUUCAAUGGUACGGUCAAACUCAAAGAAAGAGGUGGGUUUUCUGAGUGAUCGCAGGCGAAUGAAUGUUGCUGUGACCCGAGCAAGGAGGCAGUGUUGUAUUGUUUGUGACACUGAAACAGUGAGUGCCGAUGCGUUCUUGAAGCGUUUAGUUGAGUAUUUUGAGGAACAUGGUGACUAUUUGAGUGCCACAGAAUAUGGAAAUGAAUGAGCGAUGCAAAGAGGAUUUUUGCUUCUCUUUUGGAUAAGAGUUGCUGUUGCCAUGCUUAGUUCUGGGAACAGUUGCUUGAUAAACUGUUAUGUCGAUUGUAAUUCAAGAAUUUUUUAGGAUUUUGUUGAGGAAGAUUGAAGGAGUUACCCUAUUCAAAAAGAUGAAGGAUGCUGAUCUUA